GAUUGAUCCAUGAGUCCUUUUCAAUAGUAGCAUCGUCUGUGCAGUUGCUGAUGGCAGCCGAAGACAAUUGUUCGAUGAACGGGCCUAACGGAGACACCCUGCAAACUGAUGUCGUUGUGUCAAAUGAGAGCUCAGACGAAGGGGUCGAGGAAACAACUUCAAACCAUCAUCUUCCGAACGGGCGCAUGCAGUCUACGCCUGUUCCAGAUGCACCAACGCCGAAGACAGACAGAUCAAGGCCACAAUAUGCAGUAAAGUACAUUCUGAGCGGACACACUAUGGCAAUAUCCUCCCUCAAGUUCAGUCCAGACGGCACCAUGCUUGCUUCAUCAGCCGCGGACAAACUCGUGAAGUUGUGGGAUGCAUACUCAGGAGAAAUACUGAGAACUUUCGAAGGCCAUACUGAGGGUGUUAAUGAUGUCGCCUGGUCCAACGAUGGGGAACUUCUUGCUUCCGCAUCGGAUGAUAAAAGUAUUAUACUUUGGAGCUUAGAGACGAAUUCUGCUGUGAAAACCCUACUGGGGCACACCAAUUUCGUCUUUUGCGUCAACUUCAAUCCCCGAUCUAAUCUUAUGGUCACCGGAGGAUAUGAUGAAACUGUUCGCGUCUGGGAUGUAGCAAGAGGGAAAUCCUUGAAAAUUCUUCCUGCCCACUCUGAUCCUGUGACUGCUGUCAGUUUUAAUCACGACGGAACGCUUAUAGUAUCCUGCGCGAUGGAUGGACUGAUACGAAUUUGGGAUGCUGAUUCCGGACAGUGUUUGAAGACUAUUGUUGAUGACGAUAACCCCAUAUGUUCACAUGUCAAAUUCUCUCCCAACUCGAAAUUUAUCCUAUCAGCAACCCAGGACUCGACAAUCAGGCUUUGGGACUACCAGAAGACACGUUGCGUCAAAACGUACACUGGUCACACUAACAGGACAUAUUGUCUGUUCACUUGCUUCAGCACCACUCAGGGAUUAUACGUAAGUCGCGAAGUGCUACAGGUUCUCGAGGGCCAUAGAGGUACAUUUCUUUAGACUCAUCCUAUUCGUAACAUCAUGGCUUCUGCUUCAAUGGAGAAAGACUUGACUAUUAGGUUGUGGUAUGACGAAUGAGUUGACUCGUUCCAAAUGUGCAGUUUAACAAAGACACCGGAUCUCAUUAAUAUUGAAAACAAGAAUAGUCGACUUGGGCGGCCACAGCAUGUUUUAGCAAAAAUAUUACUAAUCUCAGCAAAGAUGUGGGCUCAGCAGAAUUUUUUGGGGAAGGAUGGUGACGUGCUUGCUGUAAGUAUAGCCUGUCGGCAGUGCACUUGACACUACCACAAUUAGGCGGGCUGUGGUCCAGUGGCGUGUAUGGGGUUGUAUGAGGCUAUUUAAACUCCGCUCCGUAGUAUAUAAGCACAUUACUCAUCUAGUG